UUCAACCCCGUUUAAGGAUAAAACACAAACAUAUUCGUCUGGCCGCGCAUCGUUGCACAAACGUGACAUCACCGCGUACAAGAACAUGUAGUCGCUGCAGACCCAACUGACAAGACCGCAGCCAAUCAGCGCGCUAUAUAUCUUUGGGCAUCUUCCAGGGGUUUUCAACCUACCGAAAUGCUCGAGCGCAAGCAGCGGGAUUUGACUGAACGACGCGUUUCUGCUGAACGGUGAUAUUUAUGUUACUUUUGGAUUGAUUUGAGAAGACAGUGAGGUGGGAGAGACGCCAGCAUAAAAAGACCAGCGUGAAGAGACGGCGUGAACCACCUGCAGCAAGCAACGAGGAGGAGCAAACAGACGGCCGGACAGACACGGCAGGAUCAAACGACAUGGCGGAGUUCAAAGUCCAGGUGGCCAAACACCCACCCCACCAAGCCCCCCUCCGGCCCCCCGGCGAGCACUCCAAGGACCGGGCCUUGAAGAGGCUCUCCUCCGAGUCCAACGGGACCAGCGAGGGCGGCGCGGGGGCGGCCACGCCCGUGGAGCUGACGGCGCUGGAGGAGUCCUUCCGCCGCUUCGCCAUCCACGGGGACACGCGCGCCACCGGCAAGGAGUUGCACGGGAAGAACUGGUCCAAGCUGUGCAAGGACUGCGGCGUCAUCGACGGCCGGACCAUCACCCUCACCGACGUCGACAUUGUCUUCACCAAAGUCAAGAAGAAGUCUUGUCGCACCAUCACAUAUGACCAGUUCAAGGAGGCGCUAACAGAGCUGGCCAGGAAGCGGUUCAAGGACAAGACUGCAGAGGAGGCUGCCGAGGAGGUCUUCAAGAUGGUGGAGGGGAAAUCGCCAGUCAUAUCCGGAGUCACGAGAGCUGUGGCAUCUCCGACUGUGUCACGCCUGACGGACACCACCAAGUUCACCGGCUCCCACAAGGAGCGUUUCGACGAGACGGGUCGAGGGAAGGGCAAGGCGGGGCGCGUGGAGAUUGUGGACACGUCGGGAUACGUCUCAGGAUACAAACAUGCCGGGUCGUACGAGAAGAAAGUCAAAUCGCCGCCGAAGUAGAUGUGAGGGACAGAGAGUAGAUGGAAAGUAGUACAAACAGAAAACAACCCUGAUAACAGUUUUCUAAGAACUCCAUGAAAGCACAAAAAAGGACCGGAUGUCAUAUUUUCUCUAAUCGACUGAUUUUUUUUUUUUUUUUGGUGAGUGAGACUUUGUGAGCCUCUCUGUUUCUCUAAUGUGUGAGAACUGGAAUACUGUUUACAUCUGCUCUGACAAAGACACCACCGGCCACUACAUUCCUACCAAACAGCACAUUUACUGCCAAGCUUUCAUUGAACCAACUAGGUCCAUGAAAAUAAGCAACAUCUGAAUUAAUUUUCAAGUGUUAUCAUGUGGGCGAUUAGAAGUACGUGCAAGAUGCUGCAAAUAACACGAUGCCAAGUAAAAACAACAAAGAGAAAAACAAAAGCGGUUUGACAGAGGAGGCUAGCUGUGUCAAGAUUGCACUUUUUUGAUAUUGGCUUUUUUGUGUUUAUGCACAAAUAGUCGUUCUUUCAGGUAUUUAUUUGAGGAAAUGUUGAACAGA